UUGUCAAAACUCUAAAGUGUAUAAAUAUGCAUGAAACAGAUAGGUAUCCGCCCCAGAGUACUCAACUAACCACAACACUCCCUCUAAAAAUGUCCAGCUUUCAUUCCCAACUAAUUGUUAUCAUGGUCCCUUUCCCGGCACAAGGCCAUCUCAACCAGCUCCUCCACCUCAGCCGCCUCAUCUCUUCCUACAAUAUUCCGGUCCACUACGUCGGCACUUCCCUCCACAACCGCCAAGCCAGGACUCGCGUUCAAGGCUGGGACCCUAAGUCCAUUUCCGGUAUUUAUUUUCACGAAUUUAAUGUUCCUUCUUUCGCUUCCCCUCCUCCUGACCCUGGCUCACCACUCACUCACCUUCAGCCGUGCUUCGACACGGCUCAGCAUCUCCGCGGGCCUUUCGCGACACUUUUGAAAAAUCUUUCAUCUGUCGCCAAAAGGGUGGUUGUGAUUCAUGACUCGCUAAUGAGCUCCGUUGUUCAAGACGUGGGUUCGGUGAAAAAUGCCGAGGCUUAUGUUUUUCAUAGCGUUUCGGCUUUUACGGUUUUUUUGCACUUGUGGGAAGAGAUGGAGAGGCCGUUUCCGAUAAGCGUCGAUAUGUUGAAAGAUGUUCCGUCGCUAGAAGGGUGCUUCUCGGCCGAAUUCAAGAAUUUAAUUAGCAACGAAUAUAAGUGCAUAAAAUUCGAUUCUGGCCGAAUAUUCAACACGUGCAGAUUUAUCGAAGCCCCGUUUCUUGAUUUACUUGGUAGGCAAGAAAUCAGCAAGGGCAUGAAGCAAUGGGCUCUCGGUCCCUUCAACCCUGUCGUCACUCUGUCCCAAAAUAAGUGUCGCAGUCGUCACGGAUGCCUGGAGUGGCUCGACAAACAAGCUCCGGACUCCGUGAUAUACGUUUCGUUCGGGUCCACAACUUCACUCACUGAAAAUCAAAUUCUCGAGCUUGCUGUUGGAUUAGACAAAAGCAACCAAAAGUUCAUUUGGGUAUUAAGGGAGGCUGACAAAGGAGAUAUCUUCGCUGAAAACGAUCAGAUUUCACAAAUAUUCAGCAUGCUGCCAAAAGGGUACGAAGAAAAGAUAAAAGGAAAGGGAAUGAUCGUGAGAGAUUGGGCGCCGCAGCUCGAGAUUCUAGAACAUUCCUCAACAGCCGGAUUCAUGAGUCACUGUGGAUGGAAUUCAUGCAUGGAAAGCAUCACAAUGAGAGUGCCAAUUCUAGCUUGGCCGAUGCAUUCGGAUCAGCCAAGAAACGCUGUUUUGUUAACAAAGUUUCUGAAAAUCGGGCUGGCUGUGAAGAAUUGGGCCUCCAGAAAGGACUUGGUGAGUGCAGAAACAAUUGCAAGUGCAAUUCAAAAGCUGAUGGAGUCUGAAGAAGGGAGUGAGAUAAGAAAGAGAGCAGCCAAGAUGGGGGAUGACGUCAGAAAGUCAGUGGCAGAUAAGGGAGUUAGCUGCUUGGAGUUGGAUUCUUUUGUUGCUCACAUUUCUAGAUAAACUUCAAUGCUUUGCCUACAUGUUUAUCUUGUUGUCUCAACCCUUUUGCAUUGCAUGUGUCAUGCAAACGUGUCUACUCCUUUUUAUAAAUAAUAUUUUCUGUUUUUGAUUUAAAAAAAAAUAAAAAUGUUUAGGUACUAUGUCAAGGUGUUCUUGACAACUGGUUUGUGUGUAGUCCUAUGUUUGAUGGAGAAGGGACCUAAUGUUCUGGUUAAUGAAACUUUCUAGUUUCUACCUAAGAAAAUACUAAUGAAAGUUGACAGGUGUUUAUCAGCAAGUUAGAUAUAUCGGUGGUGAUGGGAAAGUGUCAAUCUAGAGUCUAGCUAGUAUUUGGUUUUUUAUGGCUAAACAAAUUGUACCAGUAUAUUAUCUUCUCUUUUUUUUCGAUAAUUUAUAUUAUUCUUGUAUUAAAAUGAUCACUUUUUUUAUUAUCGUCAACUUUUUGUUUCGAUCAAUUAUAAUAAUUAUUUGAUUAUGGUAAA